AUGAGAUUUAAUUUAAUCAUUUAUACAACUUUCUUCAGCUUAGGGCUUUGUGCCUUAAGCUAUAGUGACUCGCUUUUAGCUAUCCUAAAUAAUCAAAUCGAUCCUAAUGACAAUAGUAUUGGUGAAGUAUGGUUUAACACCACAGGAUACGGUCUAGCAGAUUAUGGGUUUGACAUGAUAGAUGACUAUGGUAUAUAUUCAUAUACAUCCUACAAUUACUUAGUUGCAUUAACUAAUUUAGCUAGUGUUGCAGUAUCAAAAGGUUACCAUGGUGAUGUGGUAUUUUUGUUCUAUAAAUUCCUUUAUGCUGGACAACACAACUCAACAUCUAUCGAUUACGAAUCUGACAUGCUUUUAGAUAUUGCAAAUUUGUUAUCAAGUAGUAGCGGUAAUAUAGUGAAGCGUGAUGCAACAUCUCUUUUCGACAUUUUGAUUAGCACAACAUCAAGUGAUGCAGUUUCAAAAGUAUAUGAACUUGCAUCUCAAGUGUCACCUGAAAAACU